UAGCGAUGAAAAGUGUGAAUUUAUAUCGCUAGGCGGUGGUCCGUGCAUCACAGUUUUAACUGGAAACUGCGCAAAUCCUGAAGACGCUGACGACCAUAUGUCUUUCCAGUUUAAACCUCGUUUCAAUGCGACAAGAUUGACAAGCAAAGUGAACAGAUACAUGGCCCGUGGGUCGGCGCAGGAUUGGGUGUUUGAUGCGUGUAAUGACACCACUUGCCCGGUGAUAUACGGCACGAAAUAUAACUACUAUUCAUCCAAAAAAUAUAUAGAGAAUCUACCCGUGGGAAACUACACUUAUAAGUGGGAACUGUUUGAUAAAAAUGAUUAUCACAAUAUGUGCUGUGUGCAAGUUAUCGUUGCUGUUGGACAAGAAAAUAUUUCUCCGAAUAUUCAUAAUGCAACUGACAAUGAAACGGAUUACACUUACGAUCCACAACAUAGUUAAUCAUACAUACAUUACAUACAUACAGUCAUGAGCAAUAUAAUGUACCCACUUUAGGACUCUGUCGCACUAACAUAUUUGACAUUUAGUGAGACUUACAGUUCAAUUUGUCAAAAAAGUUAAUGUGACAUGGUACCAAAGUGUAUACAUAUUAAUGCUCGUGACCGUACA